AAAAAAAGCGGGAGGCGUAGUUAUAUAAAGGAGGCCACGAAAACAAGUCCUAAGGGGCGUAAGAGGCGUGUACAGGGAAUCUAGCCCAGGUUAUCGGCCUUGUCGAAUGAGCGAGGACUCCGACGGUGCUGGCGAUGGCUUCUCUUAGGAAUAAUAAUAUUUCGUUUCUUUGCCAGCAAGACGUCCAAGACGCAUCACGUGAUCUUACACGGCCACCCAAAAAACCGAACCCAAGAAAUUUCCCUUGAAGACAUCAAAGGCGCCGACAACAUUCAAGACAGCUCGCCAGGAUACCAAGGUCGGGUUCACGUUUGACGAGAACAAUUGGGGCCCGCGAGAGCUAGGCUGUUAUUCAUUCGACGCCUGUGAAAAGUGCCCCGAACUGUGACCACUGUUCCCUUGCUAUAUUCGUCACUCCAACUAUAAACAUCGCCGGGUGAUACAAAAUGGCAAAAGACCUCGAGACUUCAACAACAUCCGGAAAGCCAAAGCCAACACUGGCACAGUAUGCUCGAGAAUGGGGAGAAUCAUCGUUCCCGCCGACAUUGCUCGCAACUUUUGUGACCGCGCUCCAUUUCCGUCCGUUCCAAUUUGUGCCAAUGAUGUUUCCGCCGGUGCUGUUGCUUACGUCCUACAUGAACUUAGCCGGAUUCAAGAAGGAUGCUGCCGGUGCGAGCGCCGCGUGGUCCGGUUUAUACAUAUUACUUGCUGGGAGGAGGAAGCAAGAGUUUCGGAAGAAAUGGAGUGCUCGAGGCAUGGUGAGAGGUGCUGCUAUUGGCGUUGGUCUGGCGAAUCUGGUUGGCGGAGGAAUGGCAUAUGUUCUUGGGACACGAGAAGAUGAAGAGUAACGAAAUCGCGAGUAGAUUUAUCUUGGUUAGUGACUAUGAGAUUGGCUAGCAUGUAAGUAAUAGUAGGAUAACAUAUCAUCCUCCUUUGUAAGAUGCGGUGGGGAUUCACGGGCAUAUGAGAUACGGAGUUUACAGGUGAUUAAUCGUCAGUGGCAUAAAGGUGUUUGCUCAUGAUAUACUCGAGAACUCGCGGAGUGACGAGCUUGGAGAGCAGCUCCAGACUAUCUUUGGCUGCAUUUCGCGCAGUAGUUGAGCUUAUUGGCUCACUGUCAACUGCAUUGCUCUCAACAAGCUCGAUACGGCUUGCCCAUUCUCUCUUUGCUCCUUUGUCCUCUGUUGCACCCUUGGCUAGGUUAGUGAGGAAGGAUAGUUGCUUCUCUCUACUUCCCCAG